AUUUCUGUACGGUUCCCGAAAUUCGCCAAUGUCCUAUAGAGUUAACACACUUUUAAAAUUUGGUUUUCGGCGACGGUAUUGCACGAAAACGAUAGAAAAAUAUGUACCCAGGAGAGCAUUAAUGUAUGUACCCGGAGAUGAUGAAAAGAAAUUGAAAAAAGUUGAAUCAUUGGAUGUAGAUUGUAUAGUAAUGAAUUGUGAAGAUGGAGUCGCAGCAAACAGAAAAGAGGAAGCAAGAAGGACAAUUAGGAAGGUGCUUGGAGAAUUACAAUUUAAGAGAGCUGAAUGUGCAGUACGUGUGAAUGCUCUUUCUUCAAAUUUGACCGAAGAUGAUCUUGGUGUUAUCCUGUUGUCGGAGAGGCUUCCAGAAGCAAUUGUUCUACCUAAAGUUGAAACUGUGGAGGACUUAAACCUGUUCGAAAGUAUGACAAGGUUCAAACUACGUGACCGAAAACUUCAGAAUCCAUUUCGAUUGAUUUUUAUGAUAGAGAGCGCGAUUGGAUUGAUUAACAUGAAAGAUAUAGCGAAAGCUGCCAAUUCUCUCCGUGAAAGAGGAGUUUUUUGUGCAGAAGCCGUAAUAUUUGGAAGCGAUGACUUUAUCGCAGACAUUGGGGCAUCAAAGGAGGAAAAUUUGGCGAACCUAGUCUAUGUUCGGCAGAAAAUUGUUACAAUUGCUAAGGCAUUUAAUUUACAAGCCAUUGACGCAGUCCAUAUAAAUCUUAAAGACGACUUAGGUUUAAAAACUAUAAGUGAAGAAGGAGCUGCACUAGGUUUUACUGGAAAACAAGUUAUCCAUCCAGCUCAAAUUGAUAUUGUCCAAAAGGCUUUUUCACCCUCGGAGGAGAAAGUUAAUGAAGCAAAGCGUUUGAUAGAAGCUUACAAUGAACAUCAGCUCUCCGGAAAGGGUGCUUUCACUUUUCGCCAGAAAAUGAUCGAUAGGCCCCUGCUACUGCAAGCAGAACAACUGAUAUCGAUGAGUGAGGCUUUAAAGUUAUCUUAA